GGGGCUAGUUGAAGGAGGUCAAAUUAUUUAUUAAAAAUAUUGAUAAGGUUGGUACUGAUAAAGUUGAACGAACUUAGUUGAGAGUGAAGUGUCGUGAACUGUGCACGUGCAAUAUUUAUACAAUGCUGCCAAUACUACUACUAAUGUUAUCAACAGCUUUGGCAGACAACUGCUCCUAUAUAUACGACGGCAUGCAAUACACUAGAACAUCAAUACUUACUAUAAAAGGUUUACCAACCAACCUAGUGUUUAACCCAAACAAUAAGGAUCUUCACUUCACCCUGAUUGAUCUAGAAUCUCUACAGAACGACGAUGUUCAAACUAAAAUGGAUCAAUACAUACUUAGAAAUGGAGAACCGAUAAAAAUUGACGAUGUUAACGGACAAGCAGCAGCGGUAGACGUUAAAAAUGAUAGAGUAUACAUAGGCACUGAUGAUGGAUUGACUUUGUUAAACAAAACUGACAAAGCUAACUUUGUUAGUUUAAAGGACGAGGAUAUAGUCCAAGUAUUCAAACCGAACCAUGGAGACGAUUUAUACGUUGUCGUAUUCCCGAACAAUGAAGUAUUUAAAAUAAAUUUAAAGAAGAAUGAAAAAAGAAGAGUUCAAUACGUGCCUUGUGCUUUUAUCAUAGCAGUCGACGCUGAUGAUAAUAUAUUCUACGAAUGUGAUUCUAAAUACGUCAAGGUUCUUCUAAAAGGGUUCCAUGAACCUAUUGAAUUUGUUGGUAUAGCUAAAAAUGCUGCAAGAGCUAUUGCUAUUGAAGAUAAUCAUAGAGUAGUUUUAGCUGCUAACGAUGGUUUAUAUCACCUGAAAUCAGAUAAUCUGAUUCCUAAGAAGCUAAUGAACCUAGAUUUCGUGCCUGCAGGCAUUGCGUUUGAUGAUGACGACUUCUUUGUGUCUACGAAUGGGAUCGUGUACAAAUACAGUAAUGAUGAAUGUGAGGAAUAAAUUAUUUGUGCAU